UCCUUUCAUUUCUAAAACCCCCAAAACCUCUGCACCACUCCUCCGGCGCCGGAGGCCACCGGAAAUGGCUGGUCCACUGCUCCGUUCUCUAUUAUCUGCUGCCACUAAAAAAUCCCUUUCCUCCUCAACUUCAUGUUUCCAACAUAACCAUCUCUCUAUUAAAACCCACUUAUUCACGCGCCACGCCGGCAUUUCACGCGCCUUCUCGGCGGCGGCCACAGCUACGAGUGCAGCAUCAGCAGCUUCGGCUCCAAGCGGCGCAAUUGACCCCAGCAGGCUUAGGAAUGUUGCCGUAAUAGCUCACGUCGACCAUGGCAAAACCACACUUAUGGAUCGGCUCCUCCGCCAGUGCGGCGCCGAUAUCCCCCAUGAACGUGCAAUGGAUUCCAUUAGCCUCGAGCGUGAGCGCGGUAUCACUAUUGCUUCCAAGGUCACUUUAAUUUCGUGGAAGGAAAAUGAGCUAAACAUGGUUGACACUCCUGGACAUGCAGAUUUUGGUGGUGAAGUUGAGCGAGUAGUUGGCAUGGUUGAGGGUGCAAUUUUAGUUGUAGAUGCUGGUGAGGGUCCACUAGCACAGACAAAAUUUGUACUUGCUAAGGCCUUAAAAUAUGGACUGAGACCUAUUCUUCUUCUGAACAAAGUAGAUCGACCGGCAGUUACUGAGGAAAGAUGCAAUGAAGUUGAGAGCCUCGUUUUUGACCUCUUUGCAAAUCUUGGUGCUUCAGAGGAACAACUUGAUUUUCCUGUUCUUUAUGCUUCAGCAAAAGAAGGAUGGGCUUCAUCCAACUAUACAAAAUGUCCUCCAGAUGAUGCUAAAAAUAUGUCUCAGCUGCUUGAUGCAAUCAUAAGACAUGUUCCUCCACCUACUGCUAGCCUUGAUGCCCCUUUCCAAAUGCUGGUUUCCAUGAUGGAACGAGAUUCAUAUCUUGGGAGAAUUUUGACGGGGCGAAUAUAUUCUGGAAUAGUGCACAUUGGUGAUAAAAUCCAUGGACUUCGUGAAUCAGAUUCUGGAACUGUCAAAAUCGAAGAAGGCAAGGUUGUGAAGCUGAUGAAGAAGAAGGGUACUAGCAUGGUGUUAGUUGAUAGUGCUGGUGCUGGUGACAUAGUGUCAAUGGCUGGGUUGACAAGGCCAGCAAUAGGUCACACAGUUGCAAAUGUUGAGGUUAUGACUACAUUGCCCACAGUUCAGCUUGAUCCCCCAACCAUUUCAAUGACCUUCAGUGUGAAUGACUCUCCUUUGGCUGGACGUGAUGGUACCCAUUUGACUGGCGGAAAAAUUGCGGAUCGGCUUAUAGCCGAAGCAGAAACAAAUCUCGCCAUAAACGUUAUACCAGGCCUGUCAGAUUCAUAUGAAGUUCAAGGGAGGGGAGAACUUCAAUUGGGUAUCUUGAUUGAGAAUAUGAGGCGUGAAGGAUUUGAAUUAUCUGUCUCACCACCUAAAGUCAUGUACAAAACAGAGAAUGGUGAGAAGCUAGAACCAAUUGAAGAAGUGACUAUAGAGGUCAAUGAACAGCAUGUUGGUUUAGUAUUGGAUGCACUUUCUCACAGAAAAGCUGAGGUUGCAGACAUGGGUCCUGUUCCAGGCCACGAUGAUCGGACUAAAAUCUGUCUGACUUGUCCUUCAAGGGGCCUUGUCGGAUACAGAAGUGUAUUCAGCAGUGACACACGAGGAACUGGAUUUAUGCACCGUGCUUUCCUGACUUAUGCUAAAUAUAGAGGUCCUCUUGGAAAUGUCAGAAAAGGAGUAUUGGUUUCCAUGGGCUAUGGAACAACUACAGCUUAUGCGCUAAUAAGUCUAGAACCUCGUGGGAUUCUCUUCGUCACACCUGGGAUGGAGACAUAUGAUGGCAUGAUUGUCGGUGAGCAUUCUCGAGACACAGAUCUUGAUGUUAAUCCAGUAAGGAUGAAGGAACUAACAAAUGUGCGGGCUGCUAGCAAGGAUGAGAAUGUUAAACUAUCUCCACCUCGUCUUAUGACGCUAGAAGAAGCAAUUGGGUAUGUAGCCUCAGAUGAGCUAAUUGAGGUUACUCCAAAAGCAAUCAGGUUAAGGAAAAGAUACCUUGAUGUAAAUAAGCGAAAAGCAAUGAGAAACAGAACCAAGGAAUAGACUCUGUCCUUGGACAUUUUCCGUCUGGUUGCAUUACUGUUCUGCUCCAGCAGUUAUCCUGAUGUAUAGGUUAUAGAUACCACAUAGUUUAAAGUGCAUUUUUUCAGCAACUUUGGGGAGUGAUAAUCAAAAUUUUGUCCCAGCUUAGAAGAUGUAUUACAAUUCAAAAGUAAUAUUUUAAGAUACCAAUAGCUAUGAUCCAUCAAUAAUAUAGCAAUUGCUUUUCUCAAA